AUGGCGAAUCAUUCGGAGACCUCGGCCGAUCACCAGCAUCAGCUUGUUGGUGACUGUCCGCACGCUGUGGCCUCCAUUAUCAUCCAGCGCCACCAUGACAAACGUCAGCGCUUCGACUCGGCUGAUUACGAGAUGGCACAGCGGGUCUCAGGCCCAUGUCUUGGGUGCACAUGUGGCAAGUGCACGUUAUCGGAUGGAACUGAUCUGGAGCAUGAACCAGAGCCUGGCCUAGCCGAUAAGCCAGAGCAACUUAGAUGUUUGCGACUGCAACGCUUCGACUCAGCAGAUUGGGCUCUGCAAACUCAGUGCACAGAAUCACUUGCGCAAACGGACGAAAUGCCGACCAGCGUGGCACAAUUGCUUUUAAAUCGGCAUGCGCUGAAGACAUGUGCAUAUGUCGGUCCAGUCUUUCUCAAGAGCGGUGAGCACAGCACGGGACUUGGACUUAAAGAUCGUUAG